UCCUUAAUUAAAUACUUGUUCUGUCUUUAUUUAGUACUAUAAUACAUAGUUACACAUUACAUAUAUAUGUUUCAUAUCCAUAUAUAUUACAAACAUAUCACUUGCUGAGUUCAUUUUGCCUAACAAGCAAUGACAACAGAUACAUAUACCAAAACCAACAAGUUUUCUUGGUCAAGAAAACUUGUUAGAAAAUGGUUUAAUAUCAAGACAAAAUCUGAUGAAUCUAGAGGUUGCUUCAGUGAAAGAGAGCCACCUGCAGUCAAGAAAUCAAAAACAGAGAAAACGAACAAAGGUACCGAAACUCGUAGAUGGGGAAGGGUUAAUCUUGAUGAUCCUCAGAUUAUAAAUGUCCAAAACUAUAGCAUUUUUUCAGCAACAUGGAAUGUAGGAGGGAAAUCACCUUCAAGUAAAAUGAAUCUUGAUGAUUGGUUACAUGCUGCCCCUCCUGCUGAUAUUUAUGUUCUUGGAUUCCAAGAGGUUGUUCCUUUAAAUGCGGCGAAUAUUUUUGGUUCUGAAGACAAUGGCCCUGCCAAGAAAUGGUUGUCUUUGAUACGAAGAACGUUGAAUAAUCGUUCUGGCUCUGGGGGCGGAAAUGGGUGCUAUACGCCUUCUCCCGCCCCUGAUCCAGUAGCUGAAUACGAUGCUGAUUUUGAAGGUUCAACAAGACAUCAAAAUUCAUCGUUUCAUAAUCGAAGGUCAUUUCAGGCGACUAAUAGUUGGAGAAGUGAAAAUGAGCCACAUCUUGACAGACGAUAUAGUAUAUGUGACCGGGCUAUCUUUGGUCAAAGACCAAGUGACUGUUCAUCUUCAGGUCAUAGACCAAGUGACUAUUCAUCUUCUGGACAUAGGCCAAGUGACUACUCGGCCAAUUACAGGCCAAGUGACUACUCGGCCAAUUACAGGCCGAGUGAUUACUCGGCGAGUUACAGGCCGAGUGACUACUCGACAACUCAUAGAGCUAGUGACUACUCGGCCAGUCACAGGCUGAGUGACUACUCGGCAAGUCACAGACCGAGUAAUUACUCAUAUAGUCAAAGACCUAGUGAUUUUUCAAGAUGGGGUUCAUCUGAUGAAGAUUAUGGCCCAAUGGAAGAUUUACAAAACCCCAAUUCAAAUUCACCUGUUUCCAACAUGGAAGAUGGUUAUUCAAGCUAUUCUUUGGUUGCAAGUAAACAAAUGGUUGGUGUUUUUCUUACUGUGUGGGUAAGAAGUGAUUUGAGGGAACAUGUUAGUAACUUGAAAGUGUCUUGUGUUGGCAGAGGAUUAAUGGGUUAUCUUGGGAAUAAGGGGUCAGUUUCGGUGAGUAUGUUGUUGCACCAAACGAGUUUUUGCUUUGUAUGUAGUCAUUUGACUUCUGGCCAGAAGGAAGGUGAUGAACUAAGAAGGAAUGCUGAUUUUAUGGAAAUCGUGAAGAAAACAAGGUUCCCACGUGUUCAAGGCAUGAAAGAUGAUAAAUCCCCUCAAACUAUACUUGAGCACGAUCGGAUUAUAUGGCUUGGGGAUCUGAAUUACCGUAUUGCCCUCUCUUAUCGUUCUGCAAAAGCACUUGUUGAGAUGCAAAAUUGGAGAGCAUUAUUAGAGAAAGAUCAGCUGCGAAUUGAACAAAGAAGAGGGCGUGUCUUCAAAGGAUGGAAUGAAGGGAAGAUAUAUUUUCCACCAACUUACAAGUACUUGACCAAUUCAGAUAGAUAUACGGGAGAUAAUUUACAGCACAAGGAAAAAAGAAGAACGCCCGCAUGGUGUGAUCGUAUCUUGUGGUAUGGAAGAGGUCUUCAUCAGUUAUCCUAUGUACGUGGCGAGUCUAGGUUCUCAGAUCAUAGACCAGUAUACAGCUUAUUUUGGGCCGAGGUUGAGUUAGUCCAUAGCCGUUAUAGAAGAACCAUGAGCUGUUCUAACUCUAGAAUUGAAGUAGAGGAGCUUUUGCCAUAUGCUAACGGAUACACUGAACUCUGCUUUUUCUAACUCAUCAAAUAAACUUGUACGUUUACAUGGUGAGACGGAUCAGAUCCAUGAAGAAGGAUAUGUGCACCGCUCCCUUAGUGAUUGAACGUUGUCUGUGUCUAAACGACGGGCUCGUGGCAGCACUGCAAGAGGUGUAGAUAUACGACUACAAGUGAAUGAACUAACUCUAAAAUGUAUUGGCAGAAUUAAAUUUUUUAGAAGUUUUGGUGAAAACACAAAUGAUGACACACAUGGCUAACUUUAGUUGAGUAUGUUUAGAGUAUGAUAGAAUCAAACCAAAUGCCCAUAUAAGGGAAUGUAGUGCAGAUUAUUUAAUUAUAAAGAUUCUUUACUUGUUGUUUAGAUAGUACAAAAAAUGAGUGGAAAUAAUGAUACUGAUAUAUUAUUUUA